UGGCCUGCCGUCUGUUUAAAAUGGCGGCGCCCACAGAGGAAUUGUUCUGAGUGCUGCCAUUGCCGUGCGGGAAGGGAAGCUCGACGGCCGCCGCCGCCGCCACCACCACCACCACCUUUCCCCCAUGGCUGACUUUAGGCGCUGGAAAGAGCAGCGGCUGUCGCGCGCGGACGGGAGCCGGAAGGGCAGCGUGGACGAGCCGAUCGCUGACAUCGUGCGGCUCCUUAAUGACCAUGACAGCUUCUGUACCACGAGCUCGUGCUCGGGCCGCGUGGUAGUGCUGGAGCAGCCUCCUGUGCCGGCCCCCGCAGAGCCUACCACUGGCUUUGAGAUCCAGAAGCAAAAUUGUACCUGGCUUAUGGUGACCCAUCAAAUAUGUACAAUGGAAGAAGUGCUUACAGCCUUGCGGAGAGCCACCGACGAUGCCAUAUUCAAAUUUGAGCCAUUUGUACUUCACGUGCAGUGUCAAGAGCUACAAGAUGCCCAACUCCUGCACAAGGUGGCUAUAGAAGCUGGUUUCAGGAACUCUGGUAUAACUGUCGGUCGAAAAGGAAAAAUUAUGAUGGCUGUCCGGAGUACGCAUUGCUUAGAAGUUCCACUAAGCCAGAAGGGAAAAUUGAUGGUCAAUGAAGAAUAUGUUGACUUUGUGGUUCAAGUUGCUAAUCAAAAGAUGGAAGAAAACAGGAGGAGAAUUGACAGAUUUUACAGCUCUCUACAGUUUGCUUUGGAAAACAGAGACUGUUUCAGAAGCUUGCUUGACAAAGAGAGAGAACAGAAUAGAACAGAGCAGAAUAAUACAAUGGACACUUCUUGUAGAAGCAGAAGAAAAUCAAAAGGGACCCAAAAAGAUAGUGAAUAUACUUCUGUACAGAAAAAUAGAGAGCUGGGAAGUGAAGAUGACACAGAAAGCAAUCUUAAUUUUUUUCCACUGAAAUGUGCUAAAAAUGAGUUUUUGUAAAAUAGACAUAGCUGUACUAUAUUUGUAUAAAGUUGGGUCUUAUAGGGCCACAAAUGGAGUGAGUUUAGGAGAGGGAUUUUUGCUAAGUGCAACCCCUAUUGCCCCCUGCAAAGUUUUUCCAGAGGGUCUGAACAUCAUGGGGAAAAGAGUGACACCAGGACUCCAGAGGGAAUCUGCAGAACUCGCUUCCUCCAUCUUUUUGUACAACUGAAGGAAUAGCUUCCUUCCAAAGACUCGCUUUGGAGGGGAGGAGGGAGAAGUAGUGCAAAGGAAGACACAGCAAAAACCCACUACCAUCAACUUGCACCAUUUGCUAGUCUGCUGGAGCCAACCCAGUAUGUGUUUUUUGUACUGCUCUUUGUAAGAGCUUCUCAGAUUUUAGCGCUCUAGAAAAUAGCAUAACAAGAUAGUUCUUAUGGAUGUUAAACCCCUAGCAAAGUCAUGAAAUGCCAUUAAAAGUGAAAAAUUCCAUGGAA